GAAAACAACCAUGUACAACAACUCGAGGCACGGUCAAUAUUCGGACCAGAACUACCAGAAUUACACCGGAAGUUAUCCACAAAAUUACGGUGGUAGUUAUGGUUACCACCAAACUUAUGGUUCCUACACGGUAAGUCUUAACUCCUUCAUUUUGUCUCGUCAAUUUUUCGUUUCGUGCUUCAAUGUUUUUACAGUGUUUUUAUCAUAUUAGAUAAUUUACAAAAAAACUAUAAUAAUGUCCACAAAAAUAUAGUGGUGAGGGUAAUGUCGCAAAGAGUAACCAAACACAACCAACACCACCUGGAGACGUUGUCUAUCCCAACACAUGGGGCAACUCUACAAACGUCAAUUAUGGACAGGAAGAGAAGAAAGAAGGUUGUACGUUAAUAAAAUCCAACGUCGUCGCAGCCUAUUCACAAAUAAAAAAGCACACCAGUGCAAGCAAUGAUUAAAAAGUCGGUGGCGCAGGAGAUGCAGCAGCAGCGUGCGCAACUGAUGACGCAGCGUGAGGAGUACGUGAAAAAGGCAUCGGUACUGCGCAGAGAGCUGGAGUUGCUUCGCGACCAGAAACAGGACCUGCUCUCGGACGGAUCUAGAGACCGGGACCUUGACUUGAUCCUCAAGGAGAAUGACAAACUUCAGGAUGAGAUCCACAGUAAAUUGAAGGCGAUCGUCAACGUCAUAGAAAUGCUGUCGAGCAUCAUCAAGGACGGGAAGACGAUGCAAGAUUUGGAAGCUCAGUUGCAGGAAUCACCCAAAAACAACCGCAACAGUCCCGCAUCCAAUCAAAAUGAAUAUGGACACGAUAGAGUCAAUUACGUGCAUUACGACACGGGUUUACAUUGGUGCCGCGUGUGCGACGAGUUCCCGGACACAGCGAAAAAACUGCUCGUUCAUCUCCAGUCAACGAGCCAUCUGGAGAACGUGAAAAAGAAUGACGCGAUCGACACGACACCGUGGCACAAGUUGCCCGCCGAGCCGUUGCUUCCGACGCACGAAGGUGCGCCGCAGAAACGCGUGCCGAUCAAGGGCUUGCAGUUCUUCAUAGCCGCCCCCAGUUGGUACUGUAAACUUUGCGACGUUUGGAUCGGGGACUUGCACUGUGCCUCGCACCACCUGAAAUCGCAGGCGCACUUUCAGAACUACGAGAGUUUCAUCGGUCAAAAUCCGCAGUGGGAAGUGGAGUGGUUGACCGAUCGUAAGAAAGCCUUGGCGCGAAUCGGUCCGAAGGACUCGUCAGACGAGGAGGAAUCCAAAAAGAAAAAGAGCCGAAAAGAAAAAAAAUCGAGCGAGAAAAGGAAGAAGAAGCGUUCGAAAAAACGCAGGAAAGACUCGAGCGAUUCUUCGUCGAGCAGUUCGUCGUCGGACAGCAGUUCAGAGGAUAAUGCCAGGGAUAAUUCGCGGAGCAUCCGCGUGGCGAUGAGGAACAAGGCUCAAAGUAUAUUGGAGGAAGACUUGUCCAGUAAAUGGUCUGUUUUGGAACGUCUAGUCGAGGAGCACAAGAAACAUGAGGAAAUGGCUAUAGCAAAGGAAAAAGAAAAACAGCCAGAGGAUAAGUUAAUCAGCCAAUGGAUGACUGUCCAAGAAGCGCCUCAGAAAGAAAAGGACAUGCUGGGAAGUUUAAAGGACCGGAUGAAAGAGAAACAGGACAGGGAAAGGGCCAAACAAGCAGAGGCGGAUCGAAAACGUGGAGAACGCGAGAAAAUUGAACUGGAACAGAUGGAGAGAAAAAAGAGAGAGGCCAGAGAAAGGAUGGAAGAAGAGGAGAAGGAGAGAAAACGUAGGGAACAGGAAGAGUAUGAAAGAAUUUUAGACAAGCAGCGCAAUCAGGUCAAGUUUAAAACGUUCAGAAAACGUCGUUCCGACAGCGAGGACGAUGGAGGACAGGAGGAAGAAGUUCCGACCAGAAUAAGAAAAGACAGUCACUCAGACAGAGAGCAUCACGAACGUCACAGAAGAGACAGCGAAGAUUCCAAACACGAUGAUAGAAAGAAACCGCCGCCUCCGCCCUCGUAUAAAAAGCUCCCGUUUAUAGGAAGAAUGCCGUUAUUUAAAAACAAAAAAAUGGAAGAGAAGGUGGAAAAGCAGAAGGAAAUAAAGAAGGAAGAGUACGAGAAGCCACGUAGGACACGUUUUGAGCCGGGUAACUUGCCAAAGGCUUUUAUACCGAAGCCAGACGUAGUUUGUUUCCCCAAAUUGUCGAGCAUUCCACCGUUGACGAUUCCUCCUCCGCCCUCUGUUAAAGAGGAGGAGCCGAAACCGCCGUCACCACCAAAAAUCAGCGAGCCUCAACCUUCAGCUCCGCCUCCCCCGAAGAUAGGUGAACAACAACAAAAUGAAGUUAACACAGCCAACAAUUACAAUUCGGAACACGCAAACAGCAUGAUGGACAUGUAUUAUAGCGAGUACAAUCAAAUGUAUGCUCAGCAACAAUAUGACUAUGGGGCGGCGACAGAUGAGGGACAUGGUGUUCCGUUGUCACACACUUUACCAUUGGAGCCACCGCCAUUGCCGCCAGAGGAUGAUCUGGCUAUGUUGGGCAUUUGUGCAGAUGAUAUGGCUGCACAGUCUUUUUAGUUUUAAACCUGCAAUUAGGAACUUACAUUAGAGUGAAUAAAUAUGACUUGUAUUUAUAUCAUAUUUUGUUCAAAUAAACUUUCUUUUAUAUACAUACAAAUUGCCUUUUUUACUGUUGUAGUAUUUAUUAAUUUAAUAAAUAAAUGGAAAUUUGAGUUUUAUGAAA